GUUAUCUCCAAUGAUUUUGCGGGAUUUUGGACCUGAUGUUUUUAACGCUCAGAGCUCGGAUAUUGAUGGUUUAACCAGAUUGCAGGUACACCUUUAUAAAGGUAGAUUCACCUCGUAGCUUGUAGUUUAUAUUUUGCUUUGAGUCAGAAACGCAAACGACCAACGUUAGCUAAUUUUGCUAUAGCGGUGGCAGUAAAGACAUAGCUAAUUUAAGGUUAGUUAGACGCAAACUUCAACGUGUGUGACAGUGACAGCCUCCCAUCUGUAAAGUACGUUUAUAAGUCAACAACAGUGUUUUUGCUCUGUCCAAAGGUAGUUAGUUGUCUUGGCUAGCCACUCUUUCAGUUUUGGCUAUGUAUUGACUGAUAGAAGGACUUUACAGGAUAGUCGUAGCUCAAAAAUCAUCUCAAAAUUUAACCUAUGGUGGUGUUUCUUCUUCAUAUUUCUCUCCCUGUCUGCUUGAUUAAUGCAUGUGGGUAGCUGCUAGACAUUUCACCCCUCUAAUGGCAAUAAAUCCCCGACAAAACAUUUGUAAAUUGGUGGUUUAACCGGUCAAAUAAUUUGAAUGUCAAGGCUGGUGUUUUCAGCAGGGUGACAGUGUCACAUCAUGUGGAGAUGUCUUCAUUAGUGGCCUACGAGGAUUCAGAAUCCGAGGAUGAUUCUCUUAAUCAAACGGAGGAGGAGCGAGCACCGGCUUCUGUCCAAACUGGGUCUUGUGAACCAAACCAAGAGGUCCGGGUGUGUGAUUCCUUUGAGGUAACACCGAGCCCCCACAGCUUUACACCUGACCCUGAGAGGUCAGUGUUUCAACAUCAUGGAAGCAGGUCUUCACUGCACCCACAUUCACGGCCACAGAGCUGGUUUGACUGGGAAAGAAAAUAUUGCGGCGACGACACAGCACAAGAAAAACAUUUUAGAGAUACUGCAGCUCCUUUGAGUUUACGUGCGACUCAGAGGAAGAUCACACCACAGCAGACUCUUCCUCUCAUGGCGCAAAGCUCCGGCGAUGGGUUGAACGCAGCAAAAAGACAUGGGACUGUCCCGUCUCGUGUCAGACCGUACAUCCCCAAGAGACAGAGACUUGCCACUUCAGUGGAGACAGUGGACCCAAAGUGCCCAGCAGAGCAAGGCGCAGGUAAUCAGACCAAGGAAAGCCAAAUUCUAUCAGAAGUGUCGGUGAGAAUAAAGCCGUAUCUUCCUCACAAGCCCAGCACUGCGGGGAUACCAAGGAGGCUUCUGAUGAGCCUGGAAGGCCACCAAGGCCCAGUCAACACAGUGCAAUGGUGUCCUGUGCCUCAUCUCAGUCAUCUGCUGCUGUCUGCCUCCAUGGACAAGACUUUUAAGGUGUGGGAUGGAGCAGAGAGCGGGCGAUGCCUGAGGGCUUACACCUGCCAUUCGGGAGCCGUGCGUGACGCCUGCUGGACCCCUUGCGGGCGACACCUUCUCACUGGCUCAUUUGAUAACUCGGCUGUGAUCACAGACGUAGAGACAGGGCAGCAGGUGGUGAAAUUGAACAACCAGUUCAAGGUGAUGUGUGUGGUCCUGCAUCCCAGCAACCCAGAUGUAUUCCUGUGUGGAGGUUACAGUUCAGUGGUCAAGGCCUGGGACUCUCGCAGCUGCAAGGUGGUGAACAUGUACAAAGCAGGGAUCCAGCAGACUUUGGACAUCUUGUUUCUGAGAGGUGGUGUGGACUUUAUAACAAGCACUGACUGCGUAAGCAGAGACUCUGCCGACCGCACUCUGGUCGCCUGGGACUACCAGACCACAGCCAAGGUCUCCAACCAGAUCUACCAUGAGCGGUACACGUGCCCCAGCCUGGCUCUCCACCCACUGGAAGAGUCCUUUGUUGCCCAGACCAAUGGGAACUACAUGGCAGUGUUCUCCUCCCAGCAGCCCUAUAGGAUGAACAAGAGGCGGCGAUACGAAGGACACAAGGUGGAGGGAUACGCGGUGCAGUGCGAGUUUUCUCUAGAUGGAACUAUUCUGGCCUCGGGAAGCUCCACGGGCUCAGCUCACUUCUACGAUUGCCACAAUGCUCGUUUGCUGCACACCCUCCACGCCCACAGCCAGCCCUGCCUGUGUGUGUCUCAGCAUCCCGUCCUGCCUGCUACUGCAGCCACCUGCGACUGGGCUGGGGAGAUCAAGGUCUGGCACUAGGGACUGGGAAUGAACAAGCAAAUAUAGACUUCAAAUUUAUAAUAUGUAGCAGUUUGGCCAAGAGAGGACUAUAUUAAACUAAAAACUCAUGUUCACAUUCAUCUUCAAGACUUUAUCUCCCAUAAUCUCUUGGGAUAAGAUGAUAAGCACUUGGCAAUAAAUUCUGGAAGGCAGCUAAUCUACUGUCUAUUGACGGCUGUGAAAAACAGGGUUUUUUUACACUGUGUAUCUUGCGAUGCUUUUGUAUUGUUUUGAAAACCACCCACAUCUUCAUUCCUACUGAUAUGAACUGACACUGGCACGAGAACAGGGACUAUUGUAUAAACCUUACAGUAAGUAUGUUAUUCAUAUUUGGCCCUCUAACAUUGUUUUAACAUCUUGAAAUCAGCGAAUGAGAUCAAAGAAAGUUUCUUUACAGUUCAAAGAGUGAAAUAUUGUGAACUAUAACGAGUUUUAUCUAAAGUAGUAGGCUAUGAGAAGGCAGUCUAGCCCCACACACAACCUUAAUGCUUUUAUAGUCAGCUUUCCACUCCAAAAACAGCUAGGGACUUCAUCAUCAUGUUCUUGACAUUUUUGACAAAACAAAAAGAAAAUAAAUCUCUUUGGGCAUUUUCUAAUCAGUGGUGUUUUUUCAUUCCACAUUCUGAAUACACAUCACUUUCCCUGUAUGCCUUUUUUGUUCUCACUGGCUCUGAUAUGACAUUUCCUUUCACACUGACGGCUUAGAGCAUCACAGAGAGACAACCAGAGAACUAAAAAAAUACGCAGACAUCUGUCAAAACAUUGCCAGGUUCUUCCAAAAUCCUGCCAGUCAACAACAGAAUGGUGAAGUGCACGCCGAUGCUUGUGAUCUUUAUUCAGUAUGUAGUAUAAAAAAUCCCUAAAAUACGCUUCGCUGUUUGCCACUGAGGGAAAUUCUAAUGGUUAAUUCUUUUUUUUUUCCAGCCCAUGUGCUAAAUGACAAGAACUAUGGCUGUUUGCUGUAGUCUGUCGUUUUUACUUUCUUUUCUAUCUAUCACGCCAAUACAAAUUAGAGAGGAUGAAACAAUAUGGACUCAAAAGGGUGAAAAAGACCAAAGAAUAAAGUUUAAGUUGGCAGAAACCUGGGUGAGCGUUAGAGGGCCUUUUCAGGACUGACACAUCUUUAUAGAUGGUGUUGCCUCUCUGGUGUUCAACAGGUAAGCAACAGUUCAUUUUUACCACACAAGUCCUCUCAUUAACCAUUAUGGUGAUACUGUAGGUAUCUGUUCAGUGUUCAAACAGUGUCACAUUGAGUGUUUAAGACAGUUUAGAGGAAUCUUUGGGGAAAAUAAAUGCCAAAAUCAUUAAAGAUAUUUCUAGGAUCUGAAAACUCUCCUUGCACCUCUGAGUAUGGCAAUUUUAGAAAAAUCUCUCUGUCACUGGAUUUUAAAAGGAGCCUUUUAAAUCAAUACAACUCUUGAAACUUGUCCUAAAAGGAACAAAAACAGUUGAGCAAUGGCAAAAGACAGGCUCAAAACAAACAAACAAACAACAAAAUGUAAACAAAACUCUCAACUCCAGUGUUCCCCAGCUAACCUCUGCUCCAUGGCUAACACUAACCUUUGCACUCUUCGAAAUUUUGACAGGACGACAAAAAAGCAUGCCAGGAAUUUAGGACGAGAUAAAUAAAGCUUAAGCAAGGUCACAGAGCUGAAUAAUGAAUUCAGGAGUGGCUACAGUCAGUUGAGGAAGCUGUGACAUUCCUGGGACUUUAACAGUUUGAGGUUCUUGAAAUAAGUAAUGCAAAACAAGCGCGAUGUACUUCCCAACACCCAUCUUUAUUAAGUAAAUAAACAUACAGCAAAAAUAUAUAACCAUGCAUCAGACAGACAAACAUGUUGACAUUUAGACAGCUGGCCUGUUGUUCCUGAAACAGGGCUGGAGGUAGGACAGGACAGAACCGCUUCAGCCUCUUCAUUCAGGGUCAAAACAUUUGAUAAAUAUAACAUCAACUGAAACAGGAUAAAAAAUAGUCAUAGUGUAAUAACCAUUUUGUAUGUAGUAUCUAUAUCUCUUUUUACACAUUAUAUCCACAACAAAAAAUACCAUACAUUCUCUCAAUCCCUCUGUACAUGGGCUAAAUUUAAUUCCAAACACGUUCAACCCUUUAGAUACUUGUACAUUGUACCAAUAUUCUCAUUUGGUACAAUGUAUAAGUAUCUACGCUCUGCGUGGAGCGGUUUCACCUUCAUGAACACGACAAGGUCAAAAAGAGGAGAAGCAGUUUUGAAAUCUUAAAAAAAAAAACA